UCAUAUGACUAGGUCAAGAUGGCCGCGCCCUGUAAGCACAGGGGCGUGACAGAAUUUGACAGCUUUUAUAACGUAAAGCAGCAAGGUGUAUCUGACAACGCAAACAGCAUCUCACGGUCUACAGUAAUAAACUUCACCAUGAGCAAGAACGAUCUAAUAAUGCCUACAGACUUCCCCCAGCUGCAGAACGAUGCGUUCCUGCGGGCGACACGUGGAGAGGAGGUCCAGCAUGUGCCUGUGUGGUGCAUGAGACAGGCUGGACGCUACCUACCAGAGUUCCGGGAGGCCAGAGCAGGGAAGGACUUCUUUGAGACAUGCCGGUCACCUGAGGCCUGCUGUGAGCUCACACUCCAGCCACUAAGAAGAUUCCCGUUUGAUGCAGCCAUUAUCUUCUCUGACAUUCUGGUCAUCCCACAGGCUCUGGGCAUGGAGGUUCAGAUGCUUCCAGGAAAGGGUCCCACGUUCCCCGAACCCCUGAAGGAGCCAGAGGACCUGCAGCUCCUGAAUCCCCAGGUGGACGUCCACACCGCGCUGGGCUAUGUCUUCAAGGCCAUCACGUUGACACGCCACAGGCUAGAGGGCAAGGUGCCCCUCAUAGGGUUCACUGGAGCACCGUGGACCUUGAUGGCCUACAUGAUCGAGGGCGGGGGCUCCACCACCCACUCCAAGGCCAAGCGUUGGCUCUACCGCCACCCGGAAGCCAGCCACAAACUGCUGCGCAUGCUCACCGACGUCAUUGUGAAGUACCUGCUGGGGCAGGUGGCAGCGGGGGCGCAGGCCCUCCAGGUGUUUGAGUCCCACGCAGGCUGUCUGGGGCCAGUAGAGUUUAAGGAGUUCUCCCUGCCCUACCUCCGAGACAUCGCCCGCAAGGUCAAGGACCAACUCAAGGAGACUGGACAGGACAUACCCAUGAUUGUGUUUGCAAAGGAUGGCCACUAUGGUCUGGAGGACCUCUCUGAGUCUCACUAUGAUGUGGUCGGCCUGGACUGGACCAUUGACCCACGCUCUGCACGGGAGCGAACUGGAGGAAAGGUCAGUCUCCAGGGUAACAUGGACCCAUGUGCUCUCUAUGCCUCUAAGGAGCGUAUAUCAGAGAUAGUGAAGAAGAUGGUUGAAGGCUUUGGCACCAGGGGCUACAUCGCUAACCUGGGCCAUGGCCUGUACCCAGACAUGGACCCUGAGAGUGUGGGAGCCUUUGUAGAAGCUGUCCAUACCCACUCUAGCCAGGUGCUCAAACACAAUGUUUAGCUGCAGCUCAAGAAGUUGUUCCGUCUUGAACACAGCCCUGCCGCCAAGAUUUGUCCACAGUAAAUUUGCUAGCAGAGUAACCGCAUAGCUACCAAAGACUAAAUCGAUUUCUUUUAGUUACUUUUUGUCAACACUUUUGGUUAAAAACAUAUUUUUUGGGAUAAUGUGGAAGUCAUUAUGUAUUCACAUAAGACACUGACCAGGUUAUUAUUAAAUAUCAUAUUCCAUUAUAAAGAAUGUUUGCUGAAGAAGGUUUACAGGAUGUGAAAUUACUUUUUGUGCUUGUAUAGAUUAUUUCAGUUCUAAAAUGGAUAAUCCCAGGCCUAAAGUAAGAUGUUGAAUUACAGGAAAUGUUAUUUCUAGGAAAUGUAUUUUUAAUAUCUGUACCCAAAAUCUUUGCUUUUUUCAUCAGUGGUAGUGCACCUCAGAAAAACAAGUGUAUGAAUGGAGUUACAUGAGAUAAUCCUCAAAUAUACUGUGUUUUAAAUUUGACGUGAUGAUCCAUGCUGAAAUGCAGUUCUGGCUGUUAUGGACUAUGAAGCACUAGUGUGUCUUGUUUUCUUACUCAAAUGAAGAUGGAUUAUAUUGUGACCUGUACAGUGCUCCUAAUUUCAAAUGAGUUUGAAUAAAAUUAUUUUAUAUUAAAUGAGUCAUUAGUUA